AUGGCAGACUUCGAGUUAAGAUCUUGGGAGGUAGUCUGCUACAGUCUUAUCCUUAUAAUAGGCGUGCUUGGAAACUCUACAGUAAUUCUAGUGAUCAGAAAAAGUGGCAGUUCACCGAAGCAUCGAUUUCGAGACGUUCCAUUCAAUGUCUACCUAAUGGCAUUAGCCAUAGUCGAUUUGGCUUUGUCUGUAGUAUGUCUACCUGUGUACAUUAUGAGUACGAACGCUUUUCCUCACCCUACUGGAAUAGGAGGCGACAUAUUUUGUAAACUAAUCACUGGAAAUCUGCCUCAAUAUUGGUUGGCAGGAGUAUCUAUUUAUAUACUGGUUGUUAUUAGCUUCGAGAGGUAUGCAGCAAUUUCGAAGCCUUUUGAAACGCGUUUGGGCAUAACGACGAAGAAUUAUGUAUAUAUUGGUUUAGCAUGGUUCUUUGGAUUUGCAAGGGAGCUUCCAGUUUUAGUUGGAAUUCGCUACACAGCUUCAAAUGCAACGGUCGGAACCAGUUGCCACUACUGGCCUGAGCAGCUGCCAAACAUAUUCAUAUACUCGUGUCUUUUCAUCAGCGAAUACCUACUUCCAGCCGUGAUUUUUGCUAUAAACUUUUAUCGCAUUAGGAAACGUUUAAAUCGGCUAGAUUCAACGUUAAAAACUGCACUCGGCGACGAAAGACAACGGGUUAAAAUUGUGAAAAGUAAAGGAAGGACUAUAAGAAUUGUAUUUAUAUUGUUAUUGACGUUUUUAAUCUGCUGGACUCCGAAUAAUAUUAUGUAUCUCUUAUUUCAAUAUGGCGACGUGCCGAAGGUCAGAUGGAGUUCGGACUUUUAUCAAUUUGGAAUGAUUCUAGGAUUUUCAUCGUGUUGUCUAAAUCCAUUUUUAUACGCGUUUCAAAGCAGGGAGUUUCGAAAGCAUUGUGGAGAAGUUUUAACGAAAGUUUUCCAGAGUGACAGAACAGCAAGACGUCCCUUAGAUGCAAGCCAGAGUUUUACUGCCUCGAUAAUGUCCAGUUCAAAGGUUACAAAGAUGAGAUUACCGUCACGUAAAAACUUCCAAGUGCUUGAAUAA